AUGAAGACAGCCAUCACCGCAGCAAAGGAUCGUAAGAGAACUUAUUUACCCACCAUCAAGAAGUACAUUGUGGCCAACUGCAAGGUCGAUGUUGAGAAGCCCGGACCCAAUAUUCGUCUUGGAAUCGUACACGCGGUCCAGAACGAUGUCCUGGUUCGCGUUGGAAACAAGGGCAACGGCGCGUCUGGAAGCUUUAAGUUGAGUGAGAAGGUAGCUGAACACAUGCCUAAGGCUGUGAAAAAGCCCAAGGCACCAACGGUUAGGAAGGCUGAAACCCCGAAGCGGCCGAAAUUGACCAAGAAACCCGCUCAACCUGAGGCCAAGACCCAGUCAAAGCCUAAAGCUGUGAAGGCCAAGUAG